CUUGGGAACCGCGCUGCUUCGACUCGGCUACCCCUCGCUGGGCGGCCCUGCGAAGCAGCUCCGUCGGGCAGCCCCCGGUCGCUUAGCGGCUUUGGCGGCGCCCGUCCUUUCCCCCCGCAGGGCCGCGGGGACUGGAAGGCGGCCUCCACGGCUGUCGGCGCAGGAGCAUCCACUGCCCACCAGCGCAGUGCAGCUGGCCAUCAAAGCCACACCUGAACUUGAAUUCUGUGCAGCUGAUUGCAGAGCUGUCUUGAUGCCUGCCUAGAGGACCCGGAUCUGCGACCCCCUGUGGACAGAGAUUGACCAUAUCCCCGAGACGAGAUUUCUCACGGAGAGCACCGGUUGCAGAGGCUGGAAAUGAAAUAAAGGCGCACUCUUGCAUCUGAGCUCAUCCCCUACUGAGAUAGAAAGGAAGAGCCACCCCCUCUCCCCGAACGCCAGCAGAUUAGGCUUUUCUAAACACCCUGAGCAUCUUGUUAUAUCCAGAUACCCUGUCAUCCUUAGUCAUGGCUAGCAUCCUUGCACGUGUGGGUAACAGCCGGCGGCAGAACGCACCCUUGCCGCCUUGGGCCUUUUCCAUGCUGAGGUCUCUGGGGAGGAGUCUCGUUCCUUUAAUGGCCAGCAUGGCAGAGAGAAACAUGAAGUUGUUCUCAGGGAGGGUGGUGCCAGCCCAGGGGGAAGAAACCUUUGAAAACUGGCUGAUCCAAGUCAAUGGGGUCCUGCCAGAUUGGAAUAUGUCUGAGGAAGAGAAGCUCAAGCGCUUGAUGAAAACCCUUAGGGGCCCUGCCCGGGAGGUCAUGCGUUUGCUUCAAGCGGCCAACCCCAACUUAAGUGUGGCAGAUUUCUUGAAGGCCAUGAAAUUGGUGUUUGGGGAGUCUGAAAGCAGUGUGACUGCCCAUGGUAAAUUCUUUAACACCCUGCAGGCUCAAGGCGAGAAAGCCUCCCUUUAUGUGAUCCGUUUAGAGGUGCAGCUCCAGAAUGCUAUCCAGGCAGGCAUGCUCGCUGAGAAAGAUGCAAACCAGACUCGCCUGCAACAACUCCUUUUAGGGGCUGAGCUGAAUAGGGACCUGCGCUACAGGCUUAAGGAUCUUCUCAGGAUGUAUGCAAAUGAGCAGGAGCGCCUUCCCAAUUUCCUGGAGUUAAUCAGGAUGAUAAGGGAGGAAGAGGAUUGGGAUGACACCUUUAUUAAACGGAAGCGGCCCAAAAGAUCUGAGUCAAUGGUGGACAGGGCAGCCAGCCCUGUGGCAUUUCAGGCCUCCACACCCAUAGUGAUUGGCAGUGCUGACUGCAACAUAAUAGAGAUAGAUGAUACCCUGGAUGACUCAGAUGAGGAUGUGAUCCUGGUGGAGUCUCAGGACCCUCCAGUUUCAUCCUCAGGUGCCCCUUUCUUCAGCGACAGGGCCAUAUAUCAGGAUCAAGUGCUGGUUAUUGAUUCCCCCAACAACUCCAUGGCUCAGGCUCCUUCUACCAGUGGUGGUUCUGGGCAAAAGAAUGAUGGUCCUGGGGAUAUUCGUAGAGCCAGGAAGCGAAAACACACAAUCCGCUGUUCAUAUUGUGGUGAGGAGGGCCACUCAAAAGAAACCUGUGACAACGAGAGCAACAGGGCCCAGGUUUUUGAGAAUCUGAUCAUCACCCUGCAGGAGCUGACACAUACAGAGGAGGAAGGGUCAGGAGAGGCCCCUGUUGAAUACUGUGACCCCUUUGAGCUACAGGAAGGCGGUAGCCCCCAGUUUUAAAUGAGCCCUUACCUAUGUUAAGAAUUCAGUAAUGGGAAAACUGGGGGUGGGGGGGUGCUUCUAAUUGCAUGAAUUAAUCCACAAAGUGGCUAUCUUUUGGGGUGGAGGAAAAGAGGGUCUGGAUACCAGCACAGUAGAGGGAGAUGGCCUGACCUCUGUCCUUGCUUUCUCACCCGCUGCCUAUGGGUCUAUUUUCUGUGUAUGCCCAUUUCCUUGAUGGCUUUAUUCUCUUUGUGGAAGUGGUACCAUUCGUUGUUAAAUCUUUAAAGAAAAGUACAAAAAGAGUAAAGUACAAAUCACCCAAAACUCUCCACCCUUGUAUAACUAUUGUCAACCCUUUGAUGAGUGUCCUCCUAGAUGUUUCCCUAUACUGAUGUAUCCAUUUAGAUAUACGUAUAGAUGAAAGUGAAUAAAUAUAAGUGAUGUUCUAUACUCUGUAUUUUUUCACCAAACAAUAUAUGUUGUGGGCUUCUUUCUAUGUCAAUAAAUAUAUAUCAGCA